AUAUUCUCGUGGCCUGCGUCUUCCUUCUCUCUCCUCUUCCUCCUCCUCUUUCUCUCUCCUCGAGACCGAAUUGGAUAACGCGGAUUUUUCUCCGCCCUGCUCCAUUACGCCCCCCUCGCCCCUUCUCUCUCUCUCUCUCUCCUCUGCGGUUUUCCAUUCAUUCGAUUCUUUCCUUCCUUCGAGUCUUGUUUUUUUUUUUUUUUUUUUUUUGGGGUGGUGGGGGCGAGCCGAUUCUCGCGGCCUCCUCUUGGGUUUCCGCCGCCGCCGCCGAUUGCCUUGCGAAAGACGAGGGCUUUUCCGCCGCCGCCGCCAGCGCUUCCCGACGGAGAAAGCCGGUCCCGGUCGCCGCCGAAUUCCUAGGGUUUCGGCCCCCCCCGGAGGAAUCGAUUCUCCGCGCGGAGAGAUUACGUUUGGAUGGAAGAUACUCCUUCAAUGUUUCAAGAGAGCUUUUCCCUCUAGCUAGCGUGAUGUGUUUCGUGGUCUUGUUUUGACAUUAUCUAUUGUGAUGGCUGCUGAUCAAAGAAGAAAGCUGUCAAAUGGUGCUGCUAAUGCUGAUAGCACUUUGCGUGGACAAUCUAGGGCAAAAAGGAAACGUGUGGAAUCAGUAGAAGAUGGCUUAAACACAAAGUCUCAUAUAUCUCUUCAGUGGGAUGUGAACCAAGCGAGGGUUAUCGCUAAGAAGGAGCAAAUUGGCAUCAGUUGGAGAGAUUUGAAAACGUUUGUUGAUACUCCGCCGCAUGGUCACAAUGUCUUGGCUGAUGCCUUUGAUAUCCCGAGAGAAAUAUUUGACUUGGAGAGUUUGAAGAAUGUUCUCUCCCACGAGGCUUGGAAAAGUUGUCUAUCAGAAAGUGAGAGAAAAUUUCUGAAGCAGUUUCUUCCCAGAGAAGCAGAGGCAAAGGAAGUUGUUAAAUCAUUGUUCUCAGGAGAUAACUUCCAUUUCGGAAAUCCUUUAACCAACUGGGGUGCUUCACUUCAAUCAGGUAAUUUGCAUCCUGAUGCAGUUGUUAGACGUGAACAGCAAUUAAAGGCGGAAAAGAAGGAAUACUACUCAGACUUAAAGAAAUAUCACAAUGAUAUUAUAGGAUGCUUGCUGAAGCUGAAGGAGAGUUGGGAAAGCAGCAAGGACCCAGAAAAAGAAUUUGUCCAGAAGAUCCGGAGGUCCAGAAAGAAUGCAGGAAAAAAGUUCUCUUCACCUGCAAACGGAUCCAUAUUUCGUGAAUUUGAAGAGAGCGUCUCUGCUUCAUCUGAAUUUUCCUCAUGGGAUGGAGAUGAGAGGUCAAAUAACAGUGAUAAGCACCUAUCCACUGUUCUGAAGGGUGUAGUUUCAAAGAAGAGGAUUGGCGAGAAAGGCAAGGGCAAAACCAGCAAUUCAUUUGCUGUCUUAGAUAAUGUGCUUAAGGCGCAAAAGAAGCCAAGGAAAGACAAAAAGCUAAGCAAAAGUAGCAUAAUCUACAACGAUGGAGCCAAAUACAUGUCCUACAUCAAGAUCAGUAAGAAGCAGCAUGAACUUGCCAAGAGCAUGGAGCAAUCUGGUACCACCAUGCACUCCAAGUCACUCAGACCUCUUUUAGGCAAUCUUGAUGAUUUCAAUGUACAACCAUAUGAAGUAUUUGUAGAAGAGGAGCAGAAGAAGUUGCAUGAAUACUGGGUGCGAUUGGCAAAAGAAGAUAUCCCUUCUACAUAUGCAAGGUGGAGGAACAUGCAAGAGCAGAAACAUCAUAUGGUUAGGGCAUUGGAGCAAGAACUCAACGAAAGAGGAGAAUCUUUCAGAGAGGAUGGUGAGGAUGAGGAAGAAACUUCUGAAAGUGUGUCUGUGGAUGAAAGUGUUGAUGGGGGGCAGAACACACUCAACAUGGAAAAUGAGAAAGAGUCUCUUUCAGGUACCUCGGAGGAUCAAAACGAUGACACAAAAGCAGAAUUUGCUUUUGAUGGGGAGAAUGAUGAAGAGCCGGAACCUGACUUUUCCCCCGACAGUAGAAAUGAUCAAGCCACUGGCCUCGCUUCAAUCAUGCAGGAUGACCAAGAGCCUAUUCCUGGAUCUGUGCAUGAUCUAAAAGAUGUUGAUUCGGUAGACAAUAUUUCUACUGUGCAUGGAGAGAGAAGUCCUGUUCCUGCAUCUUCCCUCAACCCACCUAUGAAGGAGAUAUCCCCGCUUAGUGGCUGCCAUGAUUUUAACCAUCUGAAUCUCGAGUCUGUAGAUAAUAGAGCAACCUCAAGAACAGAUAAUGGUCCUCACAAUGUAUCAGCAUUCUCGAGAACCCCUCUUCCUGUGUCUUGCCACAACCCAUCGAUGAAGGAGAUAUCCCCACUUAGUGGCUGCCAUGAUUUUAGCCAUCUGAAUCUCGAGUCUGGAGAUAAUAGAGCAACCUCAAAAUCAGAUAAUGGUCCUCACAGUGUAUCGGCAUUCUCGGGAACCUUGAGCCACACUAAUAGAAUGGCUGGUCAGGGACUUCCUCUCUCUUCUGGUGGUGGUAACAUCUGGCAACCGGUAAACAUGCUCCAUCCUUUCUAUGAGUCUAAUACAGGCCCUCAGGGCACUUCUUCCAGUGAGUUGAAACUCACCCAUCCUCCGGUUAAUGACGAGCAACGAGGGCACUGGAUGGAUCUUGAAUGCAACUUGCAUCAACAAUCAAACGAGGGUUCUCUGAAAUCCUAUCCAAACCCAGACCAAAAUGAACUUCUCCAAUCUAUUCUUAAGGGCCAGGACAUGAUGUCUUACAAUCAAGAGCAGAAACCUACAGAGUUACACUUUGCUCCAUCAAACAGUGUUUUGAUGGAAGAUUCUCGGUUCCCCAGUCACUUCCAUCAGCAGCCAAGUCUAUCUAUGCCCCUGGAGCAAGUACAGAAGACUGGAAACGAGGUUGUUUACAUGCAGCAAAAUAUGUCCAACAAUAUUUUCCCCGAUGGAGGUAGAUAUUUAUUCCAGAGGCCAGAGCAAGUGCUUCCUGUCAACACGCAAGAUUGGGCUGUGAAUCCUGUUCGUGUGCCUGACCCUCUACAACCUCCUCUAAUUGGUGGAGAUUUGUCCAACCAAAACUGGUUUUCUGGUGAACGUCAUGUUCGUGGAGGCUGGACUAGUUCAGGCACAGUAUGUGCCCUGAGCCAGAGUAUUGGAAAUGCAAGCAAUCUCGAUCAGGGUUUGUACAGUGUCUUGUCACAUUGCAAUCAACUACGUCCAUCAAGCACUUCUUAUGAUGCCAUUGGCUCUGCAGAGCAGUUUAUUCCUUCAAGGAAUUAUGGUCUGGUGGGCGGGCCUAUGCCCAGCAUGAGUAAUGUUUUACCUCCGGCAGCCCAUUCUCUUGAUUACAUGAAUAGGCGGGACCCGACAACUUCCCUCAUGCCUAAUGACACUGGAUGGAUAAACUUACCGCAUCCGAACUCAAGCUUAAACGACCCAAUGGGAAAACCGUUCUUGGGUUCAUGGAAUCAAUAGCAGCAGAGCCUUGUCCAUUUAUCUUUCUCACAAAAUGUCAGAAGGCGACCCCAAGAAGCCAUUAGAAGUAGAUGCCUGUAGCAGGAGUUUUGACUUGAUAGUUUAUAGGAGCAACAAGUUGCGAGGUUUUCGAGAUCCGCAGGUGUUGGAUAAAACCGUCCAGGAUAGGUUUCUGUACAUACCCAUACAAGAGCCAACCCAGCACAGUGUAUAUAACUAGCCGUUAGAUCUUAGAUGAGCAAAAAUUUUUAUGGUAGGACAAUUUUUCCGGGCAUCUCGAACAUGAAAAAGGAUGAUUGAGCCUUGUUUUUGUGAUUCUACUCUCUGUCUCCAUCUUCUCAUCUCUCCACAAGAGUUCGUCUCUGUAAUUUUGGCAUCCAUUGACUCCUGGAAUAAUGAAUUGCUGAUAUACAGCCCGAUAAUUGCUCAUCUCAUACCAUUCC